AUGCAAUCCGUCUCCACUCGACUCCGAGUGUCAGUCGACCAUGCUGACUUCUUCACGGACUCUGAAGGCCAACCCGUCAAGUUCAGGAUACAACCCGGUUUCAGCUCAGUCUUGAGGACACGUCUGGAGGAUGGAAUUACAUCGCAUGGUGGAAUCGUUAUUAACAAGAUUCCGAUACGCGGUAUCGUCAUUGUGGACCCAAAGUCGCGUUCUGGCCAAGAGAUUGUAUGUGAAUGGGCUUGGGCGGAACGACCGAGUCGGUAUUUUGUGUCGUAUGCAUUCGUCCUGCAAUGCUUCAGCGCGAAGAAGUUACUUGUCUUGGACGAGCAUGCGUUAAGGCCGGAGGACUUUGUGCAUACGUUGCGGCAUAUUGGAGAAACUCAACUGGAACUUUCGACAGACGUGGAGGACCAACUGGCACUUUAUCUUGCGACGUUCGCACCUGAUCAUGCCUCUGGUAUGCGUUCGUCCAAUGGAAUCUAUCAACGUCUCGUCAAGAAUAAACGUCGGUAUCCCUGGGUUGGAGACUAUAGCUGGAAGGUAUUCAGAGACCACUAUUGCAAGAACAAAAGGUUUUACGACAAAUUCGUCUCUACCAUCAUCAAAGAACGUGGACAAACUAUAACGAAGACUGCUACUAUACCUCGAAAGGAAUUCCUUAUUGUUAAGAAACCGACAGAUCCUAUUGUGGAAGCCGUCAUACCUGUUCGAAAGAAUGUUGCGAAGGAGAAUACUGGGUCUACUACAGAUAAGAAAAUACAGCCGGGUAAUGCUCUUCGAAUUGAGCGCAAGCGCAAGUUUGGGAACAACGUAGCUAAUGUAGAGAGGAAGACCAAGACACAUAAGAUCCUUCGGACUAUUGAUGAUAUGCUAAACGCGCCAUUACCAGAAAUCAUCGCCGAAAGGAAGAGCAAGAGUCUUUCGAGGUCGGCUGUUCGGGGUUUGUCUUCAUUUUUUCCUGCUGGUCUCGGUAUUACGACAUGUUUAUUAGAUAGUGGCGUCCUAGAUGUCGAAAUUGGCAGAGUUCCGCCAGGCAGGCCCAAACCUGACGUCUGGAUCGAUGACAAGUUUAGAGAUAACGACUUAGCCAUCACUUCGGAAGAUGAUGCUGAGCAGAACGUCAAGUCUCAGAGUCUGAAUCGCUUUCGUGAAUCUUUCUCCUACUAUGGCAUGGACCUCGAUGAUUUGCGCUCAUCUGCUAUCUUGGACGCUAUGAAGAACAACAUCGACGAGGACCUGGAAGACGAGAAGACUGUCGCCAACCUCUUGGGACGAUCGAUCGCACUAUCUGAAGCUUUACCUCCGAGCCAGGAGACCGGACCUCUGUCAAAGGGAAAAGCUACGGCAAUAAAGGUACAUUCUCAUGGAACACCAUCUUCAUCAACACGCCCAGGUGUACAAGAUCAGGAAGACCCUAAAUCAGUAGCUAUCCGGGAACUGGCUGCGAACACUCAUUUUACACGUGAAGAGGUUGAAGAGAAACUAACUGGCUUUUCUGGGGAUGUAGACAAGGCUUGUGAAUUUUUCAAGCACUGCCGGCAGCUUAUCGAGGACCUUCUAGUCGCAACCGGCCCACUCCAAUUCCUCGUCAUCCCUUCUUUUACAACGACGACGACGACGGCGAAGAUCUCUCCAGUCAACUCUUCACUGCAAGUCGGUACGCGCCUCAACACGUCCUCGGUUGUAUUCGAGCCGCCUCAAGGCCCACGCGUUUUUGCAGUCGUGUUCCGCAAGUUUUACCAAUCUUGGGCGUCAUCAGACGUGUUGUUCACGAGUUCUGGCAUCCAUUUCAUAUAUUUAUCGCCAGCCUAA